AUGUUUAGCAAAAAGUCUGCAGAUGUGCUGAGGUGUGUCGGCAGUUUCACUAUUCAGGCACUCCUUUCAACCACAGAUGCCAAAUCACCCCACCAGCUUCCACUGCAGCAGUUGGGCAAUGUUUUGAAAAAACUGCUCAGUUUAUGGUUCUCUGUGGGGUUUCUGCAUCUUGAGAGAGUUACUUGGUCGUCACCCUGCUGUCUGCUACAAAAGAUAUCCGAGUAUGAGGCUGUCCACCCUGUACGCAGCUGGACAGAUAUCCGGCAGAGGGUGGGACCGUACAGACGAUGUUUUGUGUACACACAUCACAGCAUGCCUGGGGAACCAUUGGUAGUGUUACACGUAGCACUCACCAAAGAGAUAUCCGACAACAUGAAGAGUAUCAUCAACAGGUUCUUACGGAACGGUGAUGAAAAGACAAAUCAAAACAGUGUUGUGGAAGACAAACAAAAUGUUAAAGCCUUUAUUUUCUACUCAAUUAGUUCAACUCAGAAAGGAUUGCAGGGCAUCGACCUGGGCAACUACCUGAUAAAGCGAGCUGCCAAGGAGUUACACUCGGAGUACCCUCAUGUCACGCAGUUCUCCACAUUGUCGCCGAUUCCAUCGUUUCGCCAAUGGCUGUUAGAUAGGAUGAAAAAUGCUGAAAAAGGUGAAAGUGUUUUGCCAUUGAAUGAUUGGGGAGAAGUUGUCAAACUUAUCAACCCCGAAGAUGAAACUGACGCUUGGGCAAAGCUGAGGUCUAUGAUAUCUGACAACUCUUGGUUUCACAAUGAGGCUCUUGUUGAAGUCCUCAAAACACCUUUGAUGGUGUCGUGCAGUCGGUAUCUAUAUUUGGAGAAAAGAAGAGGAUAUGCGUUUGACAGUGUUGCAAACUUCCACCUCCGCAACGGAGCUGUGAUGUGGAGACUCAACUGGUUGGCGGAUACUUCCCCUCGGGGCCUCUCUCAGAGCUGUGGACUCAUGGUCAACUACAGGUACUACUUGGAUGCUGCUGAUAGGAACUCCAUGAAAUACAUUCAAGAACGCACUGUCACUACAUCAGAUCAAAUCCUGAAUUUGUCCUUGGGCUCCAAACUGUGAUACAUAAUUAAAAGAUGGACAAUUUAAA